CGCCGGAAGGGGCGGGCAGCCGCCCAGCCCAGCACCGCGGCCAUGCUGGUGUGGCGGCGUCUGGCCGCCCUGCGGGCACCCCCUGCCCCUCGGCGGCUCUCGGCGGUGGCACUGGCACCGGGAGAGGGACCGGAGCGAAGCGGCGAUGGAGGCGGCGCCCUGCGGCCGCUCUACAUGGACGUCCAGGCCACCACCCCGCUGGAUCCCAGAGUCCUGGACAGCAUGCUCCCGUACCUGACGGCCUACUACGGCAACCCCCACUCCAGGACCCAUGCCUAUGGCUGGGAGAGCGAGGCUGCCGUGGAGAAGGCAAGGCGGCAAGUUGCAGAUUUAAUAGGAGCUGAUUCAAGGGAAAUUAUAUUUACCAGUGGUGCAACAGAAUCAAAUAAUAUGGCAAUUAAGGGUGUUGCAAGGUUCUAUAAAUCCAGAAAAAAGCAUAUCAUUACUACGCAAACAGAGCACAAGUGCGUGUUGGAUUCUUGCCGUUCCUUGGAGACAGAAGGUUUUCGGGUCACAUAUCUACCUGUUAAAAAAAAUGGGCUCAUAGAUUUGAAGGAGUUGGAGUCUGCAUUCCAGCCAGAUACAAGUUUGGUUUCUGUGAUGACUGUGAAUAAUGAAAUAGGAGUAAAGCAGCCAAUUCGUGACAUUGGUGAGAUCUGCCGUGAGCAUAAGGUUUUCUUCCACACAGAUGCUGCACAAGCAAUUGGUAAAAUUCCUGUGGAUGUCAACGACAUGAAAAUUGAUCUAAUGAGCAUCAGUGGCCAUAAAAUUUAUGGGCCCAAAGGGGUUGGUGCUGUCUACGUUCGCCGACGACCACGCGUCAGGCUAGAACCCCUGCAAAGUGGGGGAGGCCAGGAGCGAGGACUGCGGUCUGGGACUGUGCCCACUCCUUUAGCAGUGGGCCUGGGUGCAGCAUGUGAAGUGGCACAGCAAGAGAUGGAGUAUGACCAUAAGCGAAUUUCACAACUGGCAGAACGACUGGUUACAAAAAUAAUGAGUGAAGUUCCUGAUGUGGUUAUGAAUGGAGAUAGAGAGCAUCGCUAUCCAGGAUGCAUCAAUUUAUCUUUUGCAUAUGUGGAAGGGGAGAGUCUUCUGAUGGCUCUGAAAGACGUGGCUCUGUCUUCAGGAAGUGCUUGCACGUCAGCUUCUCUGGAGCCUUCCUAUGUUUUGCGGGCAAUUGGAACAGAUGAAGACUUGGCCCACUCAUCUAUAAGAUUUGGCAUUGGUCGUUUCACUACAGAAGAAGAAGUAGAUUAUACAGUGCAGAAGUGCGUACAGCAUGUUAAGAGGCUGAGGGAAAUGAGCCCCCUCUGGGAAAUGGUGCAGGAUGGAAUUGACCUCAAAAGUAUUAAAUGGACUCAGCACUGAGGAAGUAUCACUAUCCAUGGACUAGAUGUGGAUUAAAAUGCAUUUCCUGUACAUUCCUGAACAAAUUAUGCAGCACUUCUGUUUUUUGACCCUUUCUCAUCACAAAGUCCAAGAAGCCAGAAAUGAAACUUGUCUUUAUCCUGGAGAAAGGCAGGAUGAUGUAACACCCAUUGCAUUUAUACUGACACACAGAAAUUUAUGCUAAAACAUAAUUUAUUUGGAAAUUUAUUUUCAAAUAAGAAAAUUAAAUCAGCGUGUUACUCCUGGGCCAGUGGAAUCCUGGCAAGAUGUUGUUGCUUCUCAAUGUAAAACAUCCUGUGUAGCUGUUCUGUUUGCAGCACAGGCCUGUUGCCAGGCCUUCUGUUCUUUCUUCUUUGAGGCAGGCAUCCUGCAACAGCAGCUGUUUUGGUGCCACUCAAAUGCGUUGUACUGUGAGAAGUUCUUAGAUAGGAAGAAGCGUGGCAUUUCUAGAGGAAAAGGAUGCCUCAGUGUGGCUAUGUGCCUUCGCAAUUAAGUUGUACUUGCAGUUAAGAACAAUUUUGCUGAAACUGAGUAUUUUUGGCUCUUUUUCCUUGGUCUUAUCUUUUUUUGGGUGGUGCCUGUACAAACUGGUGUGCAUUAAUCCAAAACAUCCUUCUGCAUUACAGAGUUUAAUACAACGAUGAUCCACUUCGCUGUCCCCUCCAUUGUGUUUUUUCCAUGCAAUGUUUACUAAGUAAGGAAAGAAAACUUGAGUGACUGGGGGAGGAGGAUAGGGAAAAUAUGUCAGCUUCAGUUGCAGUACCAGUUUAGUUGGAACAUGAGUGGUGGAUGUGGUGGGGAGAGCAGAAAAAGUGCAAUGUCUUAAUGGAGUCUGAGGUUUUUUUGUUAUGGGCUUUUUUCUCCCCUUGUGAUGGGUCCUUUGCUGUUACUCAGAGUUUGCAUAUGGGCCAUUGGUUUCUGUGACUUCAGGGAGUCUUGCCCAGCUGAGCCUGGAUGUUUUGUCUGGAGAUAAGAACAUGCAGCUCUGGAGUUUUCUCUGAGUGAUGGAUGGUACUUCUGUCUGACUAGAGACUUACAUGGGAAUUCAUUCCCUGCAAAUGCUGGCGAGAAGUGUGUGUUAAAAAGAGUUUGAUGAGAUUAAUUCAUAUCAGUGUUUCUCCUUUCUUACCUUUGUUGAUCUUUCCAUUAGGAAAUGUAACCCUGUAUUGCGAAGUGCCUUUGUUUCAGUUGCAUAAGCAGACAGCUCUCAAGUUAGUUUUGUUGCCUGAUGGAUGUUGUAUUAGCUACUGAAUUUAAUGUACCCUAUAGACAGUAUGUCUUCAGUUCUGGAUGGUAUCUACCUCAAGGAUGAACCAUGUAAAGUAAAAGCUGAGGCUGUCUCACAAGGUGGAUUGCGUUACAGAAGCUUGUGCUUUUUUUGUUACCAAGGACAGAUUUGGCUGGUUGUAAUGCAAAGCUAAUCCUCAGUUGUUCUAUUUGAAAUUACUAGCUUUAGCAGUUUUAAUAUUGUGCGGCUGGCACCUUAUAUUUCAUCACAACAUUUUUAAAACUACCAUAUGCAUAAAUAGGUUUUAGAGGUGUUGUAUGUACUAUGUUUUAUCCUUGGGCCAUAUAUGUUUUCUGGAUUAAGCAUGAGAUAACACUUUCCCAGCAUGUUUUAGAACUAUAUGUUUAUGAAAUUGUUCUUUGUGUUUCACAGAUGAUAAAAAUUAUAGAUGAGACUUAAA